CAUCACCCAUCACCCAACCCACAACGCACAACACAACCAACGUAACACAUCUCAUAGAUACCCUUUGAUUCUCGCUCGAGGAUCUGGUAUCUAUUUUUCACAGCAAAUUCACUUCUCUCGUUCGGCGGUAUCCAGAGGAUCACCCCCAACAACCCACAAAAACCCACAACCCCGCCACACGCAACCCCUCCGACUACAGCGCAGCGCCUGUAGUCACUCGCUACAUCUAGCACAAUCAUGGCUGAUAAAGGUCUCGAGGAUGUGCCUGAGGGCCAGAUUGAGUCCAACUACGAUGAGACGACCGACUCCUUCGAUGCCAUGAACCUCAAGCCCGAGCUCCUUCGCGGAGUCUACGCCUACGGUUUCGAGCGCCCCUCCGCCAUCCAGCAGCGCGCCAUUAUGCCCGUCAUCAAGGGCCACGAUGUGAUUGCGCAGGCUCAGUCCGGUACCGGUAAAACGGCUACCUUCUCCAUCUCCGUCCUCCAGAAGAUCGACCCCAACCUCAAGGCCUGCCAGGCGCUUAUCCUUGCGCCCACUCGCGAGCUUGCCCAGCAGAUCCAGAAGGUUGUGGUCGCCAUCGGUGACUUCAUGAACGUCGAGUGCCACGCCUGCAUUGGCGGCACCAGCGUUCGUGAAGACAUGAAGGCGCUUCAGGAGGGCCCCCACGUCGUCGUCGGUACCCCCGGCCGAGUCCAGGAUAUGAUCCAGCGUCGCGUCCUCAAGACGGACAACAUGAAGAUGUUCGUCCUCGACGAGGCCGACGAGAUGUUGUCUCGCGGUUUCACCGAGCAGAUCUACGACAUCUUCCAGCUGCUCCCCCAGUCCACCCAGGUCGUUCUCCUGUCCGCCACCAUGCCCCAGGAUGUGCUCGAGGUCACCACCAAGUUCAUGCGUGACCCCGUCCGUAUCCUCGUCAAGAAGGACGAGCUUACCCUCGAAGGUAUCAAGCAGUUCUACAUUGCCGUCGAGAAGGAGGACUGGAAGCUGGAUACCCUCUCGGAUCUGUACGAGACUGUCACCAUCACCCAGGCCGUCAUCUUCUGCAACACCCGCAGGAAGGUUGACUGGCUCACCGACAAGCUUACUGCUCGCGACUUCACCGUGUCCGCCAUGCACGGCGAUAUGGACCAAGCGCAGCGUGACAUCAUCAUGAAGGAGUUCCGCUCCGGCUCCUCUCGUGUCCUGAUCGCCACCGACCUCCUCGCCCGUGGUAUCGAUGUCCAGCAGGUCUCCCUUGUCAUCAACUAUGACCUUCCCGCUAACCGCGAGAACUACAUCCACCGCAUCGGUCGUGGUGGUCGUUUCGGUCGUAAGGGCGUUGCCAUCAACUUCGUCACCGCCGAGGACGUCCGCAUGAUGCGCGAAAUCGAGCAGUUUUACAGCACCCAGAUUGAGGAGAUGCCCAUGAACGUUGCUGAUCUCAUCUAAAGUGCUAAUCUACACGCCUCGAUAUUCCUACUACCCUUGCACUUUCAGAUUUCUUUUGGUGGCGUACUGGGUUUGUGUAGGUGAUACACUAAUUUGAGACGGUCGCUGCG